CCGCGCCAUCAGACCAGAGGCUUGUUCGCCAUUGGCCCCGUUCAUUGGAGCGCUGCGCUAUAACACCAUGCUUUCCUCUGCCAGACCCAGCGGAGCUCUCUCAGUAGCGCGUAUCACUUGCGCAACGAGCAGCCCAGACACACUUCAGCCCAGCGCAGAGAGCCGAGACUGAGCGAGAGGAAAGAGCUGCUCCGCACAGCAGAGGAGAGAACGGGAUAAACACACUGCUGGAGGAUACCAGAACACGUCAGAGAGAGCUGCAAAAAGUGACUACAGCAGAGCCAGCUAAAAGGUUUGAGGAUUCGAGAGGAUGAGGGAACACGCUUGCUCCGUUCCUGACUGAGGGGAAGUGAGCUGGUGUCUGAAAUCGAGAAACAAAAGGUUUGUUGGGUGGACUUGUUUCGUUCUCUCUCUCGGCUGGUGCAUGGAAGCUUCAGGUCCCCCAUGGCGUGUUAUUAUAUUGUCAUUAGCUCCACACAUCUCAGCAAUGGACACUUUCGAAACAUCAAGGGAGUUUUCCGAGGUCCCCUCUGCAAGAAUGGCAGCAAAAACUUGGAUUAUGCUGAGAAGGAGAAAACCUUGGCCAAAGCCCUGGAGGACCUCAAGGCCAACUUCUACUGUGAGCUGUGUGACAAACAGUAUUACAAGCAUCAAGAGUUUGACAACCACAUCAACUCGUAUGACCACGCUCACAAGCAGAGGCUGAAGGAACUGAAGCAGAGAGAGUUUGCCCGCAAUGUGGCCUCCAAAUCCAGGAAGGACGAGAGGAAACAGGAGAGAGCUCUCAGACGCCUACAUGAGCUUGCUGAACAACGCAGAGAAGUGCAAUGUGCCCCAGGAAGCGGUCCUAUGUUUAAGUCUACCACAGUGGCAGUGGAAGGUUCUUUCAGGGAGUCCUGCUGUGAUGAUGAUGCCCAAGAAGCAAACCAAAACUGCAUGGCUCAAGAUUCGGGGGGUCAGAUCCAUUCCAGCAGUUGUGGCAUAGCUAGCAAACAGUCACCCUGGUCAUACAAUGGGAGGGCCAAAAAGCAAACUUUCAGACGCAAAAUUGCAUUCUCUUUUUCCUUUCCAAAGAAAGCAACUGUUAAGCUUGAGUCAUCAGCAGCAGUUUUCUGUGAGAGCACGGAGGAGGGGUCGAUGGAGCGGAGCCGCAGACAAAGACUCACAACACCCCCUGUUGAGCUUGACCUCCCUGGGUCCCCUAUGGUGGAAAAAGUACUAAAAUGUGAGGAGGCGAUUUACAGCACUGGUACACAGCAGAGCGAGCAUUUCCAAAAAAGUGACAGCACCGGAAGUCAGGGGUCAUCAGAUAUCCCUGUGGCAGGGGAAAGCCCUUCGUCAACGGCAUCAGAUUUGUGUGCUUUGCUUGUUUACUCAGAGGAUGUUCCUAGUCCUGCCAUGUCCCCGCUAAACACUUCCCCUUUUUGUUUAAACAGUGCUGAUAUUGUUCUUGAAUCUGAAGACUCUGUUGAGAGCUUAAAAAGCAGCAGUGCUGAAAGUAAAUCUGAGACCUCUGAGGAUGUGACAGAAGAGGAUAGUGGCAUUACAGAGGAGGGGUGCUUGGCCAUCAGUGAGCCUCCUGAAAAGACAUUCUCAGAUGUGCCACCUAAGAAUGAUUCUUCUCAAAGAGAAGAGAAAGUUGAGGAAGCACCUGCAAAGUCAUCUUAUGCUUUUACAAAACCCAGCCAGCCUUUUUUCUCUGUUCUAAGCAGGGACGGAAACACCAUCUUCCAGUGGCCCUCUGAGAUGGUGUCCUUCACAAGGACAGAGCCAUCGCUGUCUUUUAGUUGCAACCCCCUCCAUUUUGACUUCAAGAGGACAUGGAUUAGAAAGUCUGCCGACACUCAGGAGAUGACUGAGCCCAAAACUGAUGAGGAAUUAUCUGUCUGCUCAGGUUUCAAAUCCUGCCAAUCUGACAAGCACAUCGAGGAAUCUACAGCCAGCCCCAGAAACAGUCCCAGCCAAGGAGCAGAAGGCAAGGUCAGAAAGUGUUAUCAGUAUUCAAGUGACACAGAGAGUUGUGUCAGGUUGAAAACACAUGACAGGUGUAGACAUUCCAAAGAUUGGAUUCAUGCAAGCAAGAGAGUGGAAGAGAAAUUGCGGAAAAGGGAUCAACGUCAUUACAGGAGUUACGCUAAAAGAAAACGCAGAAGGCGGAAGAGGAGGAGAGACAGACACCGGGAGACAGAGAGCAAUAUGGUGAAAUCUAAGAAAUUCCACAGACGACCUGAGUGUGUGGAAGGACUUGAUAGCCAAUUUAGAGGCACCACUUCACAGCAAGUGCAUCCAUUAGAGAAGUCAAAGCAAUCAGCUCAAAAUCAGGCUGAGGAUAGCAGCACAGCUCCCGUAGUUGAGGAAGGGGUGGGAAGCAGAAAGCAGGAGGCAGCAGCCGACGUAAACGGCUCAGCGGGCUGCAUCAUUCUCUCUGAUGAGUUCUGUGCCGAUGGUGAAAAGGUGCUUGGGAACAGCAGGGAAAAGCCUGACAAUCCAACUGCAGGGGAGCUUACGUCCAUAGAACAGUGUCCCCAUAACCAAGACACAUCUCACUUUCAUGAAUCCGGUUUAGCCGAAGGGGGGCAAGAGGAGAAGCCUCAGUCACUAGUGACUAACAGAGAUGGUGCAUGUGAAGGGCAGAGUUUGAAAAGACUGCGUUCAGAAUCUUUAAACGACAGACAUGAGUUUUGUGACUCCAGUCAGUCACUGACAGAUAUUUCUGAUGAAUGCACAGAACCUACCUGUUGUGAGCAUGGCACAAGGAGGAAAAGACAAAGGCGGACACAGUAUCAAGAUCAAACUCCAUGCCUUGCAAUUGAAUGUCCCGUUGUUCACAACUCUGUUUUAGAAGAACAGGACAAGGCCGCAGUUGAGUCGAGCAUGAAAUGCCUUGUUUUAAAAGGCACGUGUGACAGCUCAAACAGGUCAGACCUAAAAUCAUGCAGUAUUGAUGAUGGAGAGAGCUGCACGGCUGAUCCUCAGACAUUUACUUCCAUUAGCAGUGCUCUGGGUCACACUGUGGUGGAGAGCAGUGACUGGCAGCAGAGCUCCUCCUCUCAGAUCAAUGCUUCAUGCACCAAGGGCAGUUCAAAUCUCCUAGAGACAAAUUCAAAGCUCUUGACGGAGCCAACAAAAGACAAAAGUGAGUCUAAAGCAGCACAAGACCCCUAUAAGAACUGUAACAAGUAUUCAGCGGCUGCUCAGGCCUGCCUGCUGGAUGUGAGAGAGUUAGCCCUGCAGAGGACUGAAAAAGCCACUCAAGACAAAUCAUGUCAGCAUAGCCUUCAACCCCCACCACAGAGAUUUCACCUAGGCAUUCAGGCUGAGGAGAAGUUAAGCAGGGAGUGCUUCCACACCACCGGCAGCCUGUUCCUACCCUCUCCAUCAUUCUCAGCCCCCUCAGACAGCAUGGAGAGACACUGUCUCCUGCAGAUACAGAGCCACGGACAGGUGCUACACCAGCAGGUUUUCCCCACCAAGCUCAAAUCUGUCCUGCACAGGCCACAUCUGCCCAUGUCAUCUGCUGUCCUCCAUCCAGUUCACCUGCCACCCUCUGUGCCUUCCGGCUCUAUCACAAUACGUCACACCAUGCUACAACACCAUGCUGCUUUCCUGCCCCCACAGCCACCCAUAUACCCCCAGGUAGUGCCUGUUUCUCGACUCCCCCUAGGAGCGGAGAUCUGUCAACCCACCGCUUCUCCUUUUGUGGCCUCUCCACAGGUACCCGUGGUGGCGCCCCCUAGCAUUCACCCAAUGACUGUGACGUUUCAUGCCCUGCCACGACCUGCCAUGUUUUCGCCCAUGUUGACCCCUCAUCCUGCUGUCAUCCCCCUGCAGUCUCUGUUCUAGUUCUGCAGCUUUUUUUCUGUGACAAAAUGCAUUUGUACUGCAGUAGUGAAAGAAACUUCUGCAGCAUUGCUCCCUUAGAGUGUUGAGAUAGGAAGUAGCCAAUGGGUAAUAUACAAAAGAAUCAUCUUUGCAGUUUGGAAAGGAUGCUGUUUCUGUGCCAUGUUGUCAGUAGAGAUUUUCUUGCAGAAAAGAGCUGCACAACACUUUAUUAAGAAAUAAACUGUAUAACUCAUCUACCUGAUAAUUUCUAAUACACAUUUUAUUCAGAUUGUUACAGAUUUUAUUAAUUUCAAAGACCACAGUUUUAUUAGAUCUAAGGUAGAACGAUCAUUCACAACACUGGUUAGGUGCACAUCUCUAUAGAAAGAAAUUAAUAUAUAAAUUAAUAUACUUAAUAGUCUGUACUUAGACAUGCCCUAAUAUUGUUAGAGUGACAAUAUAAAGGUAUGAUGGUUGCUGUUUGCAAUCGGUAAUGAUAUGAAUCAAAGUGUCAUUAUAUGCAGUAUACACAGCUCUAUGGUGCAGUGAAUUAAUGUAACAAACAUUCAUCAUGUGGGAAGGUAUAAAAAAAGAAUCACACUUACAACAGUGUAUAACAAUUACUUUAAAUAUAACACUGAAAUGCCUUUCAAAGGCUAGUAUAAAUUGCAUUAUGUGCUACGGUAGCAUUGAACACACACAUAGUGCUCAUUUAAAUGAGUAGUUUUUAUGCAAAUCAAUGCUGAUGGUGAAACUGAAUUGAACUAAAAUGAUCAAAUUCUAUUUCUUACUUUGCUAUUUGCAGACAGUGUCAUCCUCGAAUACAGAAUCACAGUCAAGUUUAGACUACCGAAUGUGUUGUGUAGUUUAAUAUGUAGUUCAAAUUGUAGAUCGUACAUGCUGUUGCCUAACAUAUUUGAAAAGAAGCACAAAACUUACCAAUUGCAAUCCAUACAUGGGUGUUUCCCGAAUCCCUCAUAUUGUAACCUGCUUGAAUUAGGAGAGCAUAGACUAGAUCUUUCUGAAAUGAUCUGUAGGACAUGGAGUACCCUGCUCUGUAGCAUUUCUGCGGGGAAUUUGAUUUGUCCUAACAUAUUUUUAAUUGCUGUUUAUAGACCUUUAUAAAUAUAAAUGGUUUACUCAUUCAAGAAUGACCAAAUGACCUGGCAUGUGGAGUUAAUUUUAACCAUAAUUGUUCAAAAUAAGCAGGCAAUUUCCCUUUUUGGUGUAUUAAUAUUUCUGGUUGAUUUACAUAUUACAUAUUACAAACCUUGGUGAUAAAAUGCUGGUAAUAUGAUUAAUUCCAACAAAUAUUUAAUGUAGAUUUAUUAAAAUCCUGCUUCAGGGUAACUCCAAAACAGAAGUUCGUUUUUGUUAGCAAAGGAUUCAAUUUCUCCUGCUUGCAUCAGAUGAAAGGGACUAAACUCAAGAGAAGGAUUCAUUUACUUAUUUAAAACACUAACUACUAAGAUACUUGAAUCCGAAAGCAAGUCUAGCUAGUUAGAAAAGAACAGAUGAAAAUCUGUCUCUUUGAAUUCCACCAAUCCUUUCAUUUUCAAAGGAGAUGUGUUGAACUGGAAUUAAUGACUUAGCUUUAUUGAUUUUGCGAAUAGCCAUAUGGAAAGUAGACUGUACUUAUUUCCUAAUAAUUAUGCUCAAACAUAUAUUUUUAGAAAUCUUUUUUUAUUUAAAGUGAAAAUGAUUCAAUAAAAAAAUACAGAAUUAUAAUCAAGAUUGUUUCAAAUGACAAAAAGUAUUAAUGUAAAGUAGACACAUUUUAUUAUAAACACCACAGUGGAGAAAUUAAAGCAGAACUGCAGUUUGUUUAUUUUCUUUUUUUUUUUUUUCUAAAAGCAUGUACUCGCAUUAUUAAAUAGUGUAAAAUAUGCAUUGGAAUAAGGUGGUACAAAGAAAUAAAAGACAAAAAAUGAUGCAGAGCUAUUCAAAAGUGAUGAGGAGAAACUGGUGUUUUUUUGUAACAUCUGUUCAACAAAGCUCUGAAUCCCACCAGAUUGCCCCUUCUUAAUUAAUUUCAGUUUUUGAAUCCUAAUCGCAUAGGAAGUCCACGAUGUUACUGUUUUUUUUUCAUGCAGUCGAAAAAAACAUGCUUUGAAAAAUUGUACAUGCUGUAAAUCAGUACUAUUUAUAAAUCAUGUAAUGUACAUGUACAUAUGUUUUAUGUUUUUAUCGUGCCAGGUACCCUGUAUGUAUGAAUUAUUUAGAUAAGAUAAAAACAACUAUGUUUUUUACGCCACUUUGCCAACUGAAUGAUGCCGAAGUACUAUGUAAUAAAACCGAGAAACGAG